AUGCUUUCUUUUUGUUACGUUGACCGACAAAAGUCGUCUGUAGGCAGUUCGGAAAAAUCUCAAGUUGUUCAUUCAGCCAAUUGGAAAGAGCAAGUUCAUCUGAAGAAAGAACUGGAAUUACUUCGAAGACAAGAAAAUGAAGCGAUUAAACGAAUCGCAUCUGAUCAACGUAUGGUUACUCAUAAAUUUCUACAUCGCAUUCUACGAAGUAUUGACCAAAUAAAAGAAAUUGAAAAGAUGAAAGGAGAAAUAGAACACGUACACUCUCAAAGGAACGGGUUCGAUAAGACAAUUCCUGAUUCUCAAAGUAACGAGGAGAUAUCUCCUUCGGCAAUAUCAAGCUUUCGAAGACUAGGUUCAACAAUCGAAAGACCAAAAUGUGGACAAGUUAAAAGAACAGAAUGUCGACAAGUUCGACCAGUGACAGCAAGCGAGUUGCAAGGGAGAGCUUGGGAAAGAAAAGCAGGUUUAAUGGCCAAGAAUAUUCAGAGAGCAAAAAGUGCUUCUGAUAUGAGGAGACAUUGGACUAAACGAACUUUCGAUCAAGAAAAAUGGAAGGUUUAUAAGAGAAAGUAA